AUGAAUCAUGAAUCCACUACCGGAAAAGUUAUUGGUCAUCUUCAACAUGAAAUUGAACAUUUAAAGAAAGAAGUUGCCGAUGCUAAAACUUCGAUACAUAUUGCAAAAGUCGCCCGUGAGCGGGCGGAUAGACAAGCUGCUGAACAUUAUGCAUCACACCAAACCUUAAAAUUAGAAAUCGAUUCAUUAAAGCGAAUGUUGGAACUAGAACGGGAUAAGACAAACAAGUUAUUGCAAGAAUCCGAAUCGAAAGCUGUUGAAUUAGAAAAACAAUUGGCCAUUGUUAUAGCAAGUAGAGAACAAGCGGAAUUUCAGUAUAAAUUGUUAUCCAAAGAAUUGCAAAAUUUCAAAACUCGAUAUAUUAAAGAUGUGGAAUCUAUCAAGGUAGAUUUUCAAGAUCUUCGUAACGAAAUGGUUUCAACUUCUAAGGGAUUAAAGAAAACUGUGGUAGAAGCUGGUUCUCGUAUUGAAACAUUAACAAAGGAACGUAAGUGCGAAGUAGAAAAUCUAGAAACAAUUCAAAUAAAAUUAAAAGAAAAUCAAGAGAAAUCUAUCGCUUCGAUAUUAAGUGAAGUUGAUCGGAUGAAAAAGGACGUCGAGAUAUCGAAUCAAAAGACUCAACUAUAUUCUAAUCAAGUUGCAAAAGUUGAAGAUGAAAUAUCAAACAAAAUGAAAUGGUUGAAAAAUAUAAAGAUUCGUUAA